AUUCCUCCCAGUUUUGGAUGGUGGUACUGUUUGCUCUCGAAUUGUCGUAAAAAUGACUAUCUACAGUAGCAUAACUUCCUUUCUAGUCCUCGCUAUUAGUUUGGUUUGUAUCAGUGAUAUUUUAGAAGCUGCCCGAAAUAACCGAUUUGUAACAUGCGGAACGGUGCUUAAGCUUCAAAACGUGGACUACAAAGUGAGAUUACAUUCCCAUGACGUAAAAUAUGGUACAGGUUCUGGGCAGCAAUCGGUAACCGCGACUGAGCUGCAGGAGGAUGUGAACAGUCACUGGGCAGUGAAGGCUGCUACUGGUAAAACUUGCGAGCGAGGGGAACCCGUAAAGUGUGGUGACACGAUUCGCCUGCACCAUUUGGCCACCAACAAGAACCUCCAUUCGCAUCAUUUCCAAAGCCCCCUGUCCGGAAAUCAGGAGAUUUCAGCUUACGGAAACGAUCAAGGCGAAGGUGACUCCGGUGACCACUGGUUGGUGGUUUGCUCGGGCGAUAGCUGGCAGCGAUCCAAUCCGGUGCGAUUGCAGCACAUUGACACCGAUAUGUAUCUCGGCGUGUCUGGACGAACCUUCGGACGGCCUAUCAACGGACAGAUGGAGGUUAUCGGACUUCCAAAUCCGUACUCCGGCACGGAAUGGGUCGCUGCCGAAGGUCUCUUCAUUCACCCGACUGAGAAGGAUAGUGGUGCGCGGAUCCAUACGGAGCUGUGAGCUGAAACGUGCAUAUUGCACCGACACUACUAUUAUUUAUAGCGCAAAAGAAGAUCAAAUCCGAAACAGCUCAAUUUUAUUAGCUUCUUUUCUGCGGAAAAUUGCAGCCAAGCACACCCGUUGCUGUGCUGGACGAUUGUAUAGUUUCUAUUAAGAACAAUGUGCAAAAUAAACGAUCUUAAAAAGAAGUAAUCGGA